UUGACCCUGGUACAUGUUGAAAUUUGCAUUUAUAACCGAGACAAAAAGAGGAAAUGAGUCUUUCCGUACUCGCCCCUUCUGCUUUUGGGACUUUGAUUCUCUAGUAUCGGUGGAGGACUCAAAAAGGUAAGAUGAAGGACCGACUGACUGAGCUGCAGGCCUUCACGCCUGCAGAGCAGGAGUACAAGCCCACAGAGAACGAGAGACUCACCGUUGAGGAUGAGGAGCCUCUGGAGCAACACGCCAUUGUGUUUGCGGGUGAGGACAUGAUGGAUGGCAUCUACAAGGAUGCCCAAGUGAUGAGGAAGGAGAUCCAGUUGCUCAGAAUGGAUGUGAAACGUCUGGGGAAGCAGAACACCAGGUUCCUCACAUCAGUCAGGAGGAUCAGCAGCAUCAAGCGGGACUCCAACGCACUGGGACGAGACAUCAAGGCCAGAGGGGAGUCCAUUUAUAAAAAGCUGGAAAAAAUGGGGAAGCUGAGCAAGGAGCUGGAGGAAGACCACGGGGUUACAUCAGCUUUGGCUCGCAUGGUGCGCUCGCAGUAUGUGUCUUUGACCAGCGCCUUCCACAGUGCCAUGUCUGAAUACAAUGAGGCUGAAAUGGCGCAAAGGGAGAAUUGCAAAACCCGCAUCCAGAGGCAAGCAGAGAUCAUGGGCAAGGAGGUAACCAGGGAGCAGAUAGACGAGAUGACUGAGACGGGCAAGUGGAACGUCUUCUCGGAUAAUCUCCUGCUGGAAGGGAGGACUGCCAGAUCUGCUCUCAACGAGAUUGAGAACAGGCACAAGGAGCUGCUGGAGCUGGAGGGCCGCAUUAGGGACAUUCAUGACCUUUUUUUCCAGAUGGCGAUGCUGGUGGAGCAGCAGGGCUGCAUGCUGGACAACAUAGAAGCAAAUGUAGGGGCAACAGAGGACUAUGUAGCCAAAGCUUCAGCGCAGAUCAAGCAGGCUGUGAAAUACAAGAAAAGCAAUCCAUGCAAGAAGCUGUUUUGUUGUUGUUUCCCGUGCUGUAAAUGAGGCGCCACCAGUUCCCGCCCCCUACCAGAACAUUUGAUUCAAAUCCGCUUUCUCUGCAAAUGUUUCUAAAUGCUGACAUGAAAGCUUUUUCCUGCUCUAGAUGUGUCCAGAUAUCACAUUCUGGUAUCAUUUUCUUUAUUGAGUUGAUACCAACUAGUCAGAGUGAUUCAAACCACAUGCACAUAUGCAAAUAUAUACAGUGCGAUGAUGGUAGUUACAUUUCCUGAUUGCUACUGAGAACAGCUUAUGCAUACAUGACUGCUGUAAAAACAUCGAAAUUAUUAUUUCAUGCGACUUGCAGCUUUGUUUAGCUUUUAGCUUUGUACAGGCUGCAAUAUUUAAGCCCAUAAAGUAUGAUUUUAUUUAUAAAUAAAUGCCUUGGAGUGGCUAUAUUUGGACAACUUGAAUGUACAUCUACAGCUAAGCUUAGAACCGGUACUUGCUAUAGACGUGUUUCUUAUUGCAACCAUUGCUUCACAAGUGUGUAGAAACACUGAUCACAGCUCAACCAGCAAUUGUGGUUAGCUGGGGAGGCAAGUUAGAUUUGUGAGGAUUGUGCAACUAUAUGUUAGCCACCCCCAUGUAUAUCAUCACCAGCUACAAGCCAAGGCUGUGCUUUUCCUCCACGUGUUGCUUCACAUAAAAAAACACACUCACACAAAUAUCUGUGUGUCAGCUCCAUUUUAGAAAGUCAAUGAUUUUGUUUAUCACUGCCAGACAACCAACGUCACCAAAGCCAGUGAAAUCUCUUUAACAGGGCAGUUUGCCUGACUUAAUGCGGUGUUUGCACAGGUAAUGUUACAGGGGAAACAGAACAGAAUGGCAAACUAAACAGGUCAGAGGACUUUCUGUUUGCACAGGAGGCCUGUCUCACUGUCCUUUGUGAUGGUAGUAAAAUUUUAAAACCCUUAUUUUCCUGUGCCUCUGGGCCAGCCCAUCCCUCACUGGGGGAAUCCCAGUCAUCAGCUGGUAAACUGAGGGUGUUGUGACUCAGACUGCUGUGUACCUGUGGGAGUUUUCAGACAUAACUGCCUCUGCUCUGUGUUGAAAUGAGUUUCAGGGCUGCAAUGAUUGCACUUCCUCAGCAGUGCUGUGCGGUUUCUACUGGGGGCAUUUACCGACAAGAGCGCGUUUAUUUGAACUGUGGCGUCACGCCUCUGGUAGCUGUGCGUGCUUUAUCUGAUGUGUGCCAUGCGCUGAUUGUGCACGUGCACUCACCAGGAUGGCCGAGUGGUUAAGGCGUUGGACUUAAGAUCCAAUGGACAAUAGUCCUCGUGGGUUCGAACCCCACUCCUGGUAAAAACGGAAGUUUUAACCGAUGUUUGGAGGAAAUGCGUGCGGUCUUAUGCACUUCAGGGCGACUUUACUCUUCAAGUAAAAGGUCAGCCUUUGUGCGCUUAAGCUCCUACAGUAAUAAUUGUCACCUUCCUUUGAGAUUCCUGUUGCGAAGCCAUUGUUUGCCAUUGCUUUGUCUGUUUUUUUCUUACCACGCAUGCACUCUGGUUCAGCUAAGAAACUAAGAGAGACUUUGGAUAAUUACAAGGGUCACGCCUCACUAUAGAUUUGAGAGUUAACAGGUAUUUGAUUACACAGUGUGGUCCAAAUGCAAACAAAACGGCAGUACAGUAGCAGAUAUUGAUAUUUAAAUAUUCAAAAGCCCCUAAAAAAGCAGUUGUUGAUGUUUUCUAACAGAUUUACAAAUGCUGUAACAAAAGGAGACGUAAUUGCAAAGUAACAUGCCCGUGGAGAAGCUUUUAUCAUUGCCAUUCUUCAGUGACGCUUUUAUUCAAAUAUUUGAAACGAAGUCAAUGAUGAGGACUUUUAUACUUUAUUUUCUCUUCAUUCUUAUCUUGAAUUAAAACCCACCAACCGGGGACCAACAGCUAAAUCACAUCCUGGCUCAUCAUCGCAUGUUACGUACCAAGAGGCCUAUUUAUAUUUCCUGUGUGGACGGUUUCGCGUCCCUGAUGGUGAAGGUCUGUUUAUGUGGUGCCAUCUAGCGGUGAGAGAAAUAUUAUUUCACAAAUGCUGUAUUAUUGUUUUCCCAGUUUCACAGACACUGUAUUAAAUCUCUCAAGACUUUGCUGGCACUAAAAGAAGACAAUGUGUCCUAUUUAUAUUCUUCUGCCUUUGCAAUGGAUCAAAACGGAUGAAUAAAACACAAAGAUAUUAGAGUACAGUUUGAAAUGGCUUUUGAUCCAAUCAUAUGUAGACUAAGUGGGUCUGAAGAGUUUUUAUGGAGAACAAUAUCUGUUAGUGUACACCUGAUCUAAAUAUAGACUCUGAUAGAUAUUGAAAAAGAUUAAAAGUCGAAACAUUUAAGAACUCAAGAGUCUCUUUAUUAAAAUGGACCAAAAGUCAAACAAAUGAAGUUGGCAUACUGUGGUGAAAAAAACAAAAAACAAAAAAAACAAAAACAAAAACAAAAAAAACACCAGCAGUGAUAAUUUAACCCAAAAUACUGAUCAAAAUGCUGAUACACUCCAGGUGCAAAGACUGCAAAACAAAAAGUGAUCUGGAGACCUCUUACAUGCAUGAACAUCCACAGAAUAAAAGCCUGAUUUGCAUGCUCAGUUCCUCAUUUAACUCACUCGGACAACUUGAACGCCAAAGAGUUAGUGCAUCUCAUCAGGUUUUGCUGAUUUCAUUCUUUCUGUCUCUCUUUCUAUAAUAUAAGAAAGGACAUAAAAUGUACUAAUAUUAAUGCGUGGUGCCUGAGAAACAAACUGUAUAAAUUAGCCUGUAA